AGCCCGGAGGAGGAGGGGGGUCGAGGGGGCGGGUCCCCCCCGGCAGCAGGGGCUGCGCUGCACCAGCCCCAUCACCCCCGCACGGCCAGUCCACCCUCGGGCACGGAACCCUGCACCCGCGAUGCCAUACCAACGCCUACACCUAUCGCGGACACGACCACAACGACAACCACCACUACCAUGACAAUGCAAUCGCAGGGCCAGCAACAAGAGAAGCAGGGUCCAAGCCCCAGCCCGAGUCCAACGGGCGGCGACGUUGAGAAAUUCGACGGAAAGAUCGUCUACAAUCCCGAUGGCUCGGCGUACAUCAUCGAGGGCGAGAGCGAGCUAAGCGAAGACGACUCUCUGCCAGACGGUUGCAUCGUAGACGGGCGCGGUGUCUCGGUUCCUCAUUCUCUGGUAUUUCCUCAGAUCGCGAACGCGUACUACGUCUCGCGGCUGUACGCGCAUCAGGCCUACCAGCAGCAGCAGCAACAGCAACAGCAACGGUCGACGGUGCAACAGCAUAAUCCCGAUCUUCCCGUGAUGCACAGCUAUCGGGUGAUCAGCUACAGAAGCGCGGAGGGUAGUAAACAGCCACCCCCGCCACCGGCAGCCCCGCCGCCCCCGGCCGCCUCCGUGCCCGUGAAACCCAUUCUUAUGUGUUUCAUAUGCAAGCUAAGUUUCGGGUACGCUAAAAGUUUCGUGGCGCACGCUCAAGGCGAACAUCAGCUCACCCUGAUGGAAGACGAAAGGCAAGUGCUCUCCCACUCGACCGCGUCGGCUAUCAUUCAAGCCGUGGGCAGAGGGAAGCAACCGCUCGUCAGUUUUCUCGAACCCGUGACCAACUCCACCUGCUCGCAACCGUCACCCGCGCAGAUGCAGAGUCAGCAACAACAGCAACGCUCCGAAGCGAACGAUCACGAGAUACCCACUACGACCAGCACGCCUGCGAGUACCCCUGGCGUGCCGAGCAGUCCGCAGCAACAGCAACAACAACAGCAACAGAGGCCGUCGCCGAGCACACCAACCACGCCCACGUCGCACUCGAAUCAUCCUCUCGCGUACAAUCAUCAACAAACGCAGCAACACCAAUGGACCGGAGCUCAGGUGAGCGCCGCAUCCUGGGCCAAGGCGCCCGACGCUGCAGGCAUCCAUUACACGUCACCGCCACCGCCAACUUCCUCGACGAAAGGCUCACCGUCCUCCUACGCCGCUCUGACCCAGCAACCACCCAAUUUCCUCACGGGCACGACCAUCGGCGUCUGUCCCGAGCACAUGCAAGGUAGACCUAGCGGGGUCGAGUGCCCGAAAUGCGAACUGAUCCUCGCCAGCAGCAGACUGGCCGGUCCCGGUGGACCCCUGGCCGGCAUUCACAGUCGGAACUCUUGCAAAACCCUUAAGUGUCCUAAAUGCAACUGGCAUUACAAGUACCAGGAAACUCUGGAGAUACACAUGAAAGAGAAGCACCCGGAGAGCGAGACCUCCUGCAUAUACUGCAUCGCCGGUCAACCCCAUCCGAGGUUAGCGCGUGGCGAGACUUACACCUGCGGAUACAAACCGUACAGAUGCGAGGUGUGUAACUAUUCCACCACCACCAAGGGCAACCUCAGUAUUCACAUGCAGAGCGACAAACAUCUAAACAAUAUGCAGGAGCUUCAGCAAGGUGGCGGCGGUAGCUCGGGCGCCAACAAUCCAUCUUCCUCUCAAGACGCCCCGAUGCCGACGAGAAGUCCCCACCAUCAGCAAAAUCACAGCCCGCACAUCGCCGGUCAACCCGGAAACCAAAGCAAACCGAAGCCAACGUUUCGCUGCGACGUUUGCAACUACGAGACGAACGUCGCGCGCAAUCUGAGGAUACACAUGACCAGCGAGAAACACACGCACAACAUGCUGGUGCUGCAGCAGAACGUGAAGCACAUGCAGACGCUCUCCGCGUUGCAGUCCCACCAUCAGCAGGCACAGCACCACCAUCAGCAAGCGCAACAACAUCAGCAGCAACAGCUCGAACAGUUGCUGCAUCUCGGCGGGCUGGACAAGCCCCAACACGCGGAGGCAGCGUUGGCGGACAUGGCGUACAAUCAAGCUCUGCUGAUUCAAAUGAUGACCGGCGGUCAGCUGCCACCGCAACUACCGCCAGAACUUAUGGGCGGUAUGGCGAGCAUGGGCGCGAUGGGCAACCUCGCCGGAGACGUUGGUCUCUCGCCCGACAGCAUGGAUCCACCGCCCGAACCGGCAGAUCCCGAUCCAUCCCAUCUUUAUCAGUGCUGCGUUUGCAACAACUUCGGCACGGACUCCUUGGAAGCCAUGGGCCACCACCUGGCCAUCGAUCGCACGCGGACGCGCGAGGGCGAGAUCCUCGCUCUGGUCGCCGGUCACUUUGUCUGUAAACUUUGUUCCUAUAAAACUAACCUAAAGGCGAACUUUCAACUACACUGCAAAACCGACAAGCACCUUCAACGUCUGCAGCAUGUGAACCACGUGAAAGAGGGCGGUCCCCGAAACGAAUGGAAGCUCAAGUACUUGGCGUCGCCCACAAGCGCCGCGCAAUUGCGUUGUCACGCGUGCGACUAUUACACCAACAGCGCUCAUAAAUUGGCGCUCCACGCGGCUUCACCGCGACACGAGGCCGCGGCUCUGCUCCUCCGUCACCUGCUCGAGGCCAGCGCCAACGUGUCGUCGCAGGGGAAAUUGUAUCACUGCGCUCUAUGUGGAUUCAGCGCGAGACACCGAUUGCCGCUGCUCCAGCACGUCCGGUCCCUCAGACACCUUCAGAUGGAGCAAUUGCAUCAGCUCCAUCGACGGAGCGGCAUCCAAGGGAACGAAACCCCGCACACCGACAUCGGCGACGUUUUCCAAGUCGUCAGCGAUCCCGAUGCACCGCCUACUCAACAGUCCAGUCCCACCACGCCGACCACUCCGAAUGCCACCACCGCCAACAGUGAACGACGAGAGGAAGGCAGCGACUGCGGUAACGAGGUGAAGCAAGAGCCGGAUAACGAUCAGGAACCAGAACAAGAACCGGAGAACGAACACGAGGACGUCACCUGCCCGUAUUGCACUUAUCAGCCAACGUCGCGCGAAGAAUUAAGGCAGCACUUGCAAGUGGCCCACGUUCAGGAUUCCGAAGAGAAGCCGGAGACCGUGAAGGAGGAGCCACCGCCUGAAUUGUUGUGCCCGUUGUGCCAAGACGGCUUCAGAGAGCGUUCCGCGCUCGAGAAGCACGUGAUGCAAAUACAUUCGGUCAACUCGGACGGUUUGCAACGGCUGCUGCUGCUGGUGGAUCAGAGCCAUUGGUUAAACAACAAUCCGAGAAACACCUCGACGCCGGCGGUGACCACGCCAACGUCGCCCACCGCCAGCGGCAAGCCCAGCCAGGAAGAGGAUCUCAGCGAGCGGAGUGCCAACGACGAGAUCGAGGAGCUGACGAGAUGCACCAUCUGUGGCCGCAUUUGUCGCUCCUUGGAGGAAUUGCAACAACACCAUCGCGAGUCUCAUCCCGCCACCACGCCCACGUUAGCGGUCAGCGAGAAACACGUUUACAAGUAUCGAUGCGGCCAGUGCAGCCUGGCGUUCAAAACGUUGGAGAAACUGCAGCAACACUCGCAAUACCACGCGAUCAGGGACGCGACCAAGUGCGCGUUGUGCGGUCGUUCGUUUCGCUCGGUUCAGGCGCUUCAACGACACCUGGAGUCCACUCACGCGGACAUGCACGAGGAAGAGCUCGCGCAGUACAAGCAGAGCCUGCUCCACGCUCACCCGCUUCUGCAGGCCCUCACCGAGGAGAGCCUGCGGAGACAGGGUAAUCUGGCCGGCGAGCAGAACGUCGAGGACGAUGCCAGCAAAGCCGAGGAGGAGGAGAGCGAUGCCAGCGACUCGUCGCCCUUGCAUAAAGAACAACGUCUGCUGGAAGACUAUCUCAACAGCCAGCCCGUAGCCGAGGACUCCUACCACGAUCCAGGCAGGAAGUUCAAGUGCCAUCGCUGCAAACUAGCGUUCACGCGGCAGAGCUACCUCACCGGGCACAACAAGACCCUGCUGCAUCGCAAAGGCGAGAAGAUGUCCUAUCCGAUGGAGAAAUACUUGGACCCGAACAGACCUUACAAGUGCGACGUUUGCAAGGAGAGCUUCACCCAGAAGAACAUACUCUUGGUUCACUACAACAGCGUGAGCCACCUGCACAAGCUGAAGAGAGCCAUGCAGGAGCAGGGUAACAAUAACACGCUGAUCUCGGUGGUACCGCCGGCUAGUCCGACGGAGUCGCCCGAUUCCCAGCAAGAUCAAGACAAGAAGCCUUACAAAUGUAACAUCUGCAAGGUAGCCUACUCUCAAGGUAGCACUUUGGACAUUCACAUGAGAAGCGUGCUCCAUCAGACUAGAGCCAGUAAAUUACCAGAUCUCGCCGCCAGCGGUCAAUUAGACCUCGCACGACCUCUGAUAGAACAACCACCGACGAGUCCAAACAGUCCACCCAUCAACACCAACGCCAGCAACACGGGGACGAUGCUGUCCUGUCCUCGAUGCAGCGCUCUUUUCGUCAACCAGGAGCAGCUCGCCACGCACCAACAGCUCUACUGCAUCUUCAGCAAUCCUCUGGCACUGUUUCAACAACUGGCCGCGUCGCAGCAACUCGUUCCAUCCGCGCCAGCCAAGACACCACCGCCCACGUCCACCACGCCUGGUCCUCAGCAACACAUGCAGCAAAGCGCCCAACACGCCGCGCAAACGACGCAGGACAUUUUAUCGCAGCCGCGUCACAAGACCUCGCAAAUGUACAAGCACCUGCUGGAGAGCUUCGGGUUCGACCUGGUCAUGCAGUUCAACGAGAACCAUCAGAGACGUCAACGAAAGGAGGAGGAAGCCGCGGCUGCGCUCCAAGCUCAGCAGGAACAACAGAAACAGGAGCAGCAGAAGCAAGCGCUCGCCGCUCAAGCCGCUCGCGAAAGGGAGGAGGAAGCAGAGGAGCACACGGACGACGACGUUAUACCCGAGUUGACGAAGAGCACCUGUCAGCAUUGCAACAAGGAAUUUAGCAGCGUGUGGGUCCUCAAAGCUCAUUGCGAGGAGGUGCACCGCGACUUGGUGCCUCGCGAAUUUCUGGAGAAGUACGCGCAGCAGUUCAAGUGCGAGUACGAGAAGAAGAGCGUCGUGGUCACCGUCGCGACGUCCUCCUCCACGUCGUCCGCGCCUAGAAGUUCCACGCCGGCAUCCGCUCAGCCCCAAGAUCUCACUUCCGACAAAGAACAACGCGAACGGGAGAAAGAAGAGAUCGCGGAGAGCAAGGAACGCGUCAGCAAGACUCCAGAGGCUACCUCGACCACUCCUGCUACCACUCCAGCCCUGAGCAACACGCCCGUUUCCAGCACCGACUCAACCACUCCAGUCGUGCUGACAACCAACUCCACGCAUCACAUUCAGCAACAACAGCAGCAGCAACAACAACAACAACAGCAGCAGCAACAACAGCAACAGCAGCACGCUCAGCUUACUCUGGCUCAGCAAAUGACCGAGAUGCAAGCUGCUCUGAACGCCAUGGCAGCCUCGCAGCUACAGCAACAGCUUCAACAGUAUCCAGGAUUGAUGAUGGGGAUGAUGGGUCUGCCGCUGGGACUGAACGUUCCUGCUCUGGCCGCCAUGAAUCUUCAACCACCUCUGGUGCCGAUGAUGCUACCUCCGCCUCCGUACGACGGCGCUGCCACCGCGUAUCCGCCUAUCAACGCUCAAGCUGACCUUCUGGCCAAACAACACAUCGCUUUGCAACAGCAACAAGCUGCAGCCGCAAACGUGGCUGCCUCGCAGAAACGAGCACGCACUCGCAUAACGGACGAACAGCUUAAGAUACUACGCGCGCAUUUCGAUAUUAACAAUUCACCCGGUGAAGAGCAGAUAUUGGACAUGGCGGCGCAGAGCGGCCUACCACCGAAAGUGAUCAAACACUGGUUCCGAAACACGUUGUUCAAAGAGCGUCAACGCAACAAAGACAGUCCGUACAAUUUCAACAAUCCUCCGAGCACAACAUUGAACCUCGAGGAGUACGAGAAAACGGGGGAAGCGAAAGUGACACCGCUGAAUUCUAGCGUAUCGGGGAGCAGUUCCUCGGACGACAAAAGUCCAAACAAGCAAGCGUCCCCGCCGCCGUCGACGACUAAUAUCAACGCGUCUCAGACCAGCGAGAUAAAACAGGAGGUUCAGGAACAACCGCAAUGUCACGUUCCGCAGCACUCGCAACACCAGGAGGAGCAACAGCAUCAUUCGCCCGGGAGCUCGGGCGGGCAACAGUCACGACCUCAUUCGCCAGCUCUGAGCAUUAGCUCCGUCUUUCCUAGCAUUCAUCACGACGUCACGUCGCAUAUACCGACGACGACCAGCGCCCCGAGCACUCCGAUGCUUCCACCGAAACUUGGACCUCAGAAUUUCGCCAGUCCCAACCCUGGACCGGGUGGCGUCGUGCCGAGCGCCAUGGCAGCGAUAGCUCUGACGCCGCAGAGAUCUCUGAGCCCUGGUCGCGGACCGACGGACUAUUCCUUCGGCGGGAACGGGAACGGCAGCAAUUCCUCCGGCGGUAGCUCUGGGAAACGAGCGAAUCGUACAAGAUUCACCGAUUACCAAAUCAAAGUUCUUCAAGAGUUCUUCGAGAAUAACGCAUACCCGAAAGACGACGAUCUGGAAUAUCUGAGCAAGCUUCUUGGAUUGAGCCCGCGCGUAAUCGUGGUUUGGUUCCAAAACGCUAGACAGAAGGCACGUAAAGUUUAUGAGAAUCAACCCGCUGCCGAACCCGUGACAGCCGGCACCCGCGAAAGUGACGACGGUUCAGGCCGCUUUCAAAGAACUCCGGGCUUGAAUUACCAAUGUAAAAAGUGCUUACUGGUGUUUCAGAGAUACUACGAACUCAUUCGGCAUCAGAAGACGCACUGCUUCAAAGAGGAGGAUGCCAAGAGAAGCGCGCAAGCACAAGCCGCCGCGGCUCAAGUGGCCGCCGUUUUGAGUUCCGAAGAUAGCAACAGCAGCUCAACGACCACCACUGCAAACGCUGUGCCCGCUAACCCGACGAACGCGCCGGCGCUCGCCGAGCAACUUCAGCAACCGUUGAACGCUACCGCAUCCCCUCAUCAUCAACAACAGACGUUGACGCAAUCGCAUCAGCAGCCUCAGCAGCAGCUGCAACAACAGCAACAAUCGCAGUCGCAGGCCGAGUCUAAGGAGGGUAGCUUUCAAUGCGACAAAUGCAACCUGAUGUUCGGACGAUUCGAGCUCUGGCGCGAGCAUCAGCUAGUACAUAUCAUGAACCCGUCCUUGUUCCCGCCAGCCUAUCCUCCGGACUCGCCUUUCGGCAUUCUUCAACAACAAGCGCUGAACGCGACCUCAGGCGUCGCCGCGGACACCUCCCAUCCGCUGAUCGCGAUGAUGCAAGACAGAAAACGGAAAUACGAGGACUUCGAGGAGGGAACGGGUAGCGAGACGCGGUCCAACUCCGAGCACAGCGAACAACCCAAAGACAAACGUCUGAGAACGACGAUACUUCCGGAACAGCUGGACUAUUUGUAUCAAAAGUAUCAGGUCGAAUCGAAUCCGUCGAGAAAGAUGCUGGAGACGAUCGCUCGUGAGGUCGGCUUGAAGAAACGCGUCGUUCAGGUCUGGUUUCAAAACACCCGCGCCCGCGAACGAAAGGGUCAGUUUCGCGCGCACAGCCAAGUGAUCAAUAAACGCUGCCCGUUCUGUCCGGCGUUGUUCAAAGUGAAAUCCGCGCUAGAGUCCCAUCUUAGCAGCAAGCACGCCGAUCAGAUCGCCCGCGGCGAGGUGAACAUAGAUAAUAUCCCCGACGAGGAACUCUCGAUGGAAUCCGCGCCCUCGAAUCCUAGCACCCCGAACAUGAUGCCGCCGCUGUUCCCGCCUUUCAACACCGAUAUGGAGGCUUCCUUGAAGAAGUACUACGAAGAGUCGAUGAAGCGUUACAUCAGCGAGCUCCAAGCUCACGCGAUCAACGGCAAGCAGGAGGCGUCCAACCAUCAAACGGGCAACAACAGCGGCGAAUCACCGUUGGAUCUGAGCAAACCGGUAGAUCUCAGCCGCCCGAUGAAACUCAGCCUCGGCGGAUUGAGCAACCUCCUCGAAGAGCAGCACGGCGUGCAUUUUCGCGGUGGCAGCGAUUGCGGGCCCCUCACCGAUCUCUCCGAAAGAAGCAUCUGCGACGACGACAGCAUGAGCGAGACCACGGAAUUCCUAGACGACGAGAGCGGACCUGCGAGCCCUGCGUCGAGCACCCAAAGCUCGCGACAGGGUCCGGCUUCCGCGGGAGCAGGCGGCACACCGCUCACCCCGGUGGCGGGCGCUGGCAGUGGAACCAGCCAAUCCAGCGGCAAAAGGUAUCGCACUCAGAUGUCGGCGACCCAGGUGAAGGUGAUGAAGUCUCUGUUCUCGGACUACAAGACACCGACCAUGGCCGAAUGCGAGAUGCUCGGCCGCGAGAUCGGUCUGCCGAAGCGCGUGGUUCAGGUCUGGUUUCAGAACGCCCGUGCAAAGGAGAAGAAGGCCAGGUUGGCGGCGGGCUUGCCAGCCGAGGGCUCGGCCGUGCAACCGCAUCGCGGACCAACCGGGCCCGACGAGUGCAGACUGUGCUCGGUUCGAUACUCGGCCAAGUCGCCGCUGCAGGAGCACGUUUUCUCGCGGCGGCACAUCGAGUCGGUCCGCGUCGCCGUCGAGGAGGGCAGCCUAGUGCCACCGACGCCUGGUGCACCGAUCGUUCCCACUGGCAACAGUGGCACGCCAGGGAUCGGUAAUUCGUCGGUGGUCGGGACCACCAAUCAGCAGGCUGGCCAGCAGCAACAGCAAACGGACGAAAACAUGAUGUACGGAUCUUUGUUCCUCCACCCUACGGCGAUGUUCCAGCCGCAGCAGCAGCAGCAUCCUGGCGCCGCGACGGCUAGCACGGCUACCACCACGGCUGGUGAGUGUCUGGCUGACCUCUUAGACUCGUAAGCGACCGUUCGACCCGCGUUUCGUUCGAAAUUCUGAUCCUUUACGCGACCAGAUGAAAACGUUAUCGAUUAGAAAUCAAUUUUUUCCUUUUUCCUUUGUCUAUUCUUCUUCUACUUUUUUUUUUUUAUUUUUUUCAUUUCGAGAGUAGGCACGCGUUGAUACACGUUUUACGACUGCCUCUAUUCGAUUAAACGCGAGUCGUUCGGAGCUGUUACAUCUUCUUCUUCUUCUUGUUCUAUCAUUUUUCUUUCGUUUUGUAAUUUCGUGGACAAAUGAAUUUCGAACUCGCGCGAGUUUACGUCGUUGUAUGUGUGCACGUGUUCUUUGUUUAUACCGCGUGUAUACGUUUACACCUGUACAAUUUGGCCCGUGUGAUACUCUAGGGGGCCCGUCAACUAUGGAAAUUUGUACGAUGAGAAUUUUUCCUUUUCGUGAAAAAUCGUUUACAAUGUAUAGUGCGAAUAUAAUAUAUCCAGAGCUAGGCAAUACUGAAAGUUCCUAUCAGAUGACUAUUCUAGCGUAAAAAGAGAAUGCGAGAGGGCGAAAGAGACGAACGAGUGAGAGAUCGUGCGAGUGAACGUUUGCGAGAAUGCGAGUGCGAGCGAGUUCAGAGAGCGUGCGUCGAAGCAUUAAAACCGUUUUAAAAUGAAAACGAUCAUCGCAAAAGAAAAGCCCGGAGAGAUAGAAAUUAUUACGAACUUUAUUAUUAUAUUUUAUAAUGGAUUCUUAGUACUAUCCAUUUCGAUUAUUACUCGAAGCGUUUGAUGCAUUAUAGUAUAGUCAGAAAGAACGGAGAAUACACAUUGCCUUUUUAAUUCCUACAUAGCGUAGCGAAGUAUCGAUCCCACUCCUCGCUCCUUACCUUUGUUUUCUCCCUGUUUCGAUUCUACAUUAUUAAUUAUCGUGGUCAUCGUCGUCGUCACUUAUCCGCGAAGCCAUUCCAGCGCCGAGUACCAUCUUUCGAUGCCUCCCCCACCCCUCCCCCCCUCAGCCCACCUUAUCGUGCCCGAAGCAUUCACUGUAAAUAUUCUUCGCAAAAGUCUCCGCUGUUAUCCGAGGCCCGAAUGGGGCCCCUUCCUCGUGAACGGUCCCCAUUCUGGCCUCCGUGGAGCACAUACGUAAUCGCUAGUGGCGCAACUAUACUCCCAGGAACCAAUGGCACGCGUGUAUCAUAAUUAACCCUUUGCAAUCCACGAAUUAUUUUCGAUACGAACGAUCAGGGACUUCGAGACAAUUUUUGUGGCAACGCUCUGGACGUUAGCACGCGCAUCCACCCUUUGAACUAAUUAGUAAAUGCUCGCAACGUGAAUUUUGCAUGUUCAAUUCUAUUCGCGUUGCCGCGUAUGAAACUUUUGACAAUCAAAUAUAGUUUCUUUUUUUUUUUUUUUAAUUUUUACAAACGAGAAUUUUAUUUAUUUCGUUCUGUUUUGCGUUGCCACGGGCGAAACUUGAAAUCUGUUGUUCGUAUCGCGUGGUGCGUAUUAUCGGUGUCGCCGCAGCGACGCCAGUGGUGUGCGAAGGGUUGAAAUUUCACUUCUCCUUCGCGUUCAUACGUUUGCCCUCUUCCCCUUCGCGUCCACGUACGACGUUAAAGAGAAUCCUAUUUGCCAUUACGAUGACAUCGAUCUUAAUCAGGGCUAGUACUAAUUAUUAUUAUUAUUUUAUGCGUUAGUUAUUUAUGAGUUUCCCUUUAUUUUUUGUGAUAGUCACACUCUCGCCUGCCCACGCAAUCGAAACGACUCGUUUCGAGUGUCUCGACCUUGAAGAACGCCCGACGUACGUCCAUUUCCUUUUUCGUUUUUUUCAAUUUAUUUUAUUUACCGCGUGAGCUCGUAUUCGCAGCCGACGAGGGUGUGGCUCCGCUUCUCGCUUUUUUUCUUCACCGACACGACACGUAUACAACUCGCAAACAAACGUACACACGCAUACACACACACACACACACCACAAACACGGAUUCGCGUUCACGCACUUGGACCACGCGCGAAUAAACGCAUACAUGAGAUACUGACACGUACACGUACAAGAAACAAUGUUAUGUAUGUCGGCCCCUACUAUUCUUGUGUAUAUAGUUUAUCAUUAUUAUUAUUAUUAUUAUUAUUAUUAUUAAUUAUUAUUAUUAUUAUUAUUAUUAAUUAUUAUUAUUAUUAUUAUUUUAUAUUAUUAAUAUUAUAUUAUUUUUCCGUUCUAGUCUAAAAUAAAGCUAUACUAUCAUAAGAUUAAUCUUUGGUUUUUCUUCUUAUUUAAAGUUUUUCAUUCCCUGCACCCUACUCUUAUUUGGUUCAUCCCCUCACCUCCGGCUGUGUUUUCGGGUAAGUCGUUGCCGUCAACCCUGUGUAACCCAGUGUGCGCUCUGAAAACAUAUACG